AGCAAUUCCAAUAUGGUGGCCAGCUCUGCGGGUCUACGGUUCCUGUGGAUGGUAUUGUUGUUCUGCGGGAUCAGGGACGGCGUCUGCAGCCGGGAAGCACCGCCGGUUCUCGGGCUGCGGCUGGAGGACCCGGCGGGCCCCGUGUUCAUGAAGGACCGCGUCAUCUGGGCUCCGGAGGGCUCCACCUUCGAGCUCCGGCUCUACUACGGGAGCCAGCCGAACGCCACCGGGCCGUGGCUUGCGUUCGCCGGGGCUGCGGGAGGAGCUGCUGCGGGGGUCGGGGAUGCGCCUGACCCUUGCGGGGACGAGCCCAGCCGCAGGGAGGCCGUGUUCCAGGUGACGGGAGCGCUCACCGCGGACGAGCCGUGCAGCGGGCUGGUCACGGUGGCGGUGCUGCGGGGAGGGAGCGUCUCCUCCCGCAGGUACCACCACCUGUGCGUGCUCAGCGGGGGCAGGUGGGCGUCUGCGGGGCCCGACAGGCUGCGGGUGAGCACCGACGCGGGGCUCCCGGUGGACUACAUCCCGCCGUGGGGUCUGGCCGUGCUCGUGGUGCUGCUGCUCCCGGUGUGCGCGCUGCUGAGGGUCGUGAACCUCAGUCUGCUGUGGCUCGACCCUGUGGAGCUCUACGUGCUGCACAGCUGCGGGUCCGAGGAGGAGAAGCGGGCCGCCAAGCGCCUGGAGCCCGUCAGGAGGAGGGGGAACUUCCUGACGUGCUCCCUGCUCUUCCUGUCCGCCGUGGGACACUCCGUCCUCGGCGUCCUCCUCUACCGUGCGCUCGGCACCAUCGUCUCCGCCGUGUUCACCAGCGGGUUCCUCAUCUUCUUCGUGGUCGAGCUGGCUCCUCACAUCCUCUGCUCCGGUUACGGGUUCCAGCUGGCGCCCGGACUCACCUGGCUGGCCCAGGUGUGUCUGGUGCUCACCUUCCCGCUGUCCUGUCCUCUGGGGCUGAUCCUGGACCUGGGUCUGAGGAGGGACAUCAGCACCUGUGGGAUACGGGAGCGGGCCAUGGAGAUGAUCCGGACGAGCGUCAACGAUCCAUACAGUGAGUUUGUGAAGGAGGAGUUCAGCCGCGGGAUGCUGCGCACUAAGACGGUGGAGGACAUCCUGACCCCCCUGAAGGACUGCUUCAUGCUGCCCAGCUCCGUGGUCCUGGACUUCUCCACCAUGUCUGAGAUCAUGCAGAGCGGAUACACCAGGGUGCCCAUCUACGAGGAGGAGAGGUCCAACAUCGUGGAGAUCCUGUAUGUGAAAGACCUGGCUCUGGUGGACCCGGACGACUGCACCCCCAUGACGACCAUCACCAAGUUCUACAACCACCCGCUGCACUACGUCUUCAACGACACCAAGCUGGACGCCAUGCUGGAGGAGUUCAAGAAAGGCAACUCUCACAUGGCCAUCGUCCAGAAGGUGAACAACGAGGGGGAGGGGGAUCCGUUCUACGAGGUUCUGGGAUUGGUCACUUUAGAGGACGUCAUCGAGGAGAUCAUCAAAUCAGAGAUCCUGGAUGAGUCUGACGGCUACCUGGACAGGAAGGUGAAGCGUCCUCUCGCUCCGCUGGAGAUUCCUCUGGAGCCUCGCAGCGUCCACGAGGAGUUCUCUCUCUUCAAGCCCCCUGAAGGAGAACCAAAGAUCAGGACGUCUCCACAGCUCCUGCUGGCUACACACCGCUUCCUGUCCAGAGAGGUGUCGCACUUCAGCCCGGGACGCAUGUCGGAGAAGGUCCUGUUCCACCUGCUCCGUCACCCCAGCGUCAACCAGGAAGUGCACUUUGACCCCAACAACCGGCAGAGCCCGGGUCACUAUCUCUACACGCGCAACCACCCGGUGGACUAUUUCAUCCUGCUGCUGCAGGGUCGAGUGGAGGUGGAGAUCGGUAAAGAGGGGCUGAAGUUUGAGAACGGGGCGUUCACGUACUACGGCGUUUCUGCACUAACGCUGCCCUCCUCAGUGCACCAGUCUCCAGUGUCGACCCAGCGUCACUCUCCCAGGGAUCCCUUUGAGUCAGCGGACGCCACAAGUCCGUCCAACUAUUGUCCCGACUACACCGUCCGAGCGCUCACCGACCUGCAGCUCAUACGGGUGACCCGUCUCCAGUACCUGAACGCCCUCAUGGCGUCCCGGGUCGGUCAGAGUCCAGAUCCUCCUGAGAUUAAGAUCCUGCCCAACAGUCAGACCAAGCUGCUCAACGACAGAAACUCACAACAAGGUGGCAGUAGCGCCCAGGAGAGCUCCACAGAAGAGGAGGCUCAUGGGUAGUGCGGUUCUGACCUGCUCCAAACAAGUAGAGAUUUUAUAGUUGUUUUUAUUGGAUGAAUCAUUUAUGGCUGGAACGUAGUUAUUGGACUAAACUGGAGUGAGAGGUUUUAUUUGUUUUGUAGAUCCACAUCCCGUCUCAUCUCCUUCCUCAUUCCUAUUUUUUUGUUUGUUUGUGAUUUUCAUUGCUAUUAUUAUUUCCUGCUGUUUUUACACACUUUGGACUUUAUGUGUAUAUUUAUGCAUAAAUACAUUUUAUUUUAAUUUGGGCGGUGCCUUUUCUUCCACGUUCGCUCUAAACUCUUCAUGAUUCCUCAAUUGUGUCUGUCUGGG